UUGGUUUCUUUAUCGGGCGUUUCGUCGACGUACGUGCAACAUUCCUGCACCAUUUUGGCCACGGCUUGUUUCAAUUGAGAUCGUCUCUUGGUCAAUAGGAUGAUGUGCUCGUUGAGGGCGCUCCAAUUUUUGGCCUCUUUGCAAAGCUGGCAAAUAGCCACCAGCACCCUUCCGGUCGAUAUCAUAUCGGCUCCCGUUCUGGUUUGCUUUUCCAAGGCGAGCAAUUGAUCGAGGGCAUCGUGCAGUUUACCGGCCUUCGCCAGUUUCUGGCAUUCGGGUAUUUUCUCGUCGCACGCUCCGCUGUAAUCCACUUCCAUUUUGAUAAUUUUACCGGAAUCCGUCGCCAAAGCCUCCAUUGUGAAUGAACGUAUGUACCUUAGUAGGAAAAUGUAUUUUCGAUUCGUUAAAUUCGGAAUAUUCUUGCUCAAAAAUUAAAAACACAAGUCAUCAAACCAAAAAAUGCAAACGAAGUUUUGACAGUAAUGACAGGUGACUUAAAGGUUAAUUUAGAUCUACUUCUAUGUGAUUCUACGGUUAAAGUUUAGAAAAAAGAAGAAAAUGUAAAAUGUCACUUGAACAAAACGUCACAAAUUAAAUUUUUAUUUAUAGGUUAAGUGAACUUGAAAGAGAUAUGCUUCACUGCUGUUAGAAUGCAUCUAACAUCUCUCAUGAGAACAGUUCUCUACAGGGCUACGUUUAGAUUAACCAACAAAACGAUAAUGACUACUCCUCGAAAGCUCCAAGAAGUGGUGGACGAGCUCAAAGGCAAUCCGUACUACGACAAAUACGCUUCGAAAAUAGCCAAACUACAAAAAGAGAACCCCGGCGAAUUCAACGCCCGACUCGAAGAUGUCGAUGCGAUAAAAAAUAACAAAAUCGAAAGCCCCAAACGGGACGGAAGACAGUUCUCACAACUGCUCCAACCCAAAACCCGCAUCGCCGACGAGUACCAACUAAAACGAGAACCGCUCGAUAAAAUAAUGAAAACCGAAUUGAUCAAAGACAAAACCAGCGAAGAAAUAACCUCCAUUUGGCUGGAAUACCACAAGCACAAAGACCACUGCAUAGCAGCCACGAUACCAUCGCAGCACUUCGAUAAACUAACCGAAAACGCCGCCAAAUACCCCACUUUCCUAUUCGCCCUGCCCCGAUCGCAGGGCUUCGAGUUCAUAAUGUGCCAAUUCGCCCAAAACUCCGUGCACUUUACGCCUCUACUCUACUACCAAGUGCACAAGGAGAACGCGCCCGAAUGCCUCACCAUCACCCACUACGAUGAAUUCAAAGAGGACAAAGGCCUCGUCCUGAUGCGCGGCGAGUACGACAAGAACGUCAUCAACCCACAGGAGGCCCAAUGCCUGGCCAAUCAGCUGCAAAUGUAUUACGUGCAGGAGGAUCUGGAGAAGAAGGAACUCAUGGAAGUGUUCACCAACGAACCGGAUAAAUUCAAGCAUACUGAUCUCAUCAAGCAUAUAGAAAACUUGACUAUAUCUUAAAAUUGGAUGGCUGUAAAUGUAUAAAUAAAACGUUUAUUAGAGCAAAUGUAAGGUAUAAAUACAUCGAUAUUAAAGCAUGUAAAUGCUAUAAAGUUUGGCAUGUUUCCAUUUUGAUUUGAUUAAAUGCAAAUUGACAGAUAAAUCUACAGGGUGAUACACUUUAAUGCGUCACUCUAUAUAUUUCAAAAUCCUUAUUACUUAAUAAAGCGCCACAAAAAACAUGAAUACUUUUUUUGUGCUAUAUUUAUACGUAAUCUAAAAUAAUUAAUCCAUCCUGUUAUACAUAAAAAAAAUGUUAAAUUAAAUUCAAUUGCAUCUUUAAAAUAAGGUCCGUAAUCGAAAUAUAUUAAUACAACUCCUAAUAUACACACGCACACUGAUCGAAAUUAAUAGAUAAAACGAAAAUAAACGCUAAAUACUAUACAAAAGCGAAAUAAAAUAAUAUGAGCAAUUUAAUUGAAUGAAUAUUUUGGUAUUUUAGCGAAGAAAAUCGUUAUUUUGUUUAUGUAAUAAUUAGGAUCAAAAUAAUACCCUGAAUUGUUUUGAAGCGUAUCCAGA